AUGCCGCCCGCCGCCGCAAUCCGCUUCUCCCUUCCGGUCCCGCGCACGCUCGGCGGCGCAGCCUCUCCCCACGCGGCAUUUCUUCCCGCGUCAGACUCGCCGAAAUCUGAUCGCUCGCUCUGCGUUUCCCAUUUCGACAUCGCUCUGAAGCCCACUUAUCAUCCCGCGCCUCAUUCUGCCUGCGCGUUGUGCUUUGGCGGGGGUAAUCCGGGGCGCGGCGCCAAAGAACCGCGCCCUCGAAGAAGCGCGCAGUACGGCGGAGUGAGACAGGGAACACUCCGCGCGAGACCGGGGGAUCUGCGCACCCCUCUUGCGCGCGUAGCGGGAGAUGAAGGUGGAGCAGCGAGGGCGGGGCAAGGAACGGCGGGCGGAGCUGCGGGGGCGCCCGAUGCGCGCGUAGCGCGAGUGAUGCGCGUUUUACGGGAAGACCUGCCGGUGCAGUACGAGCGAGACCUGGAUUGGUCCAUCUACGAUGCCAGCGUGGCAUUCGUGGAUCCUGUGACGCGAUUGGACGGCCUAUUUCUGUACAGAGGGAUGAUCACCAGCCUGAGACAUCGCGACGUAGCUUCCCCUCUCCUCCCUCUCUUCCCCCCCUCUCCUCCCCUUCUCCUUCACCUCUCCUCCCCCUCUCCUUCACCUCUCCUCCCCCUCUCCUCCCCCUCUCCUACCCCUCUCUCCCGCCUCUCCUCCCCUCCACUUCCCUGUUCCCCUCUGCAGGUCCCUCCCGACACGCGCACCGACUCACCCUUUUCCCCGCGUCCGGGGCUGGAGGGGCGCGUGGGGGAGGCGGUGGGCGCAGUGCGGAGUGUGUGGAGCACAAGGGGGCGCACCCGAUGGGGGAAGGCGCUCAGCAUCACUGGAGGUGCGUUGGGCAUCACAGGAGGUGCGUUGGGCAUCACUGGAGGCAGCGAGUGGGGGAGGGAGUGA